AGGCCACGACACGCGUAGCCAAUGAACGAAACGACUAGAUUAUGAAUUCUGAUUUUUACGAACCAUGUUAAGUUUAUAAUUAUUUUUGAAGUGAUUGUUUCCUUCGACCUUCAAUUUCAAUUUUACAACUACCAUAUGGUUAGAUGAUCGUAGGCGUACGGUUAUAAAACACGUAAAUCAAAAUGCAGGGUAUAGUGGCAGCAUAAAAUACCACAGACGCGUAAUAUUUUACAAUAGAAUUCAUGUUUUUCGCCAUAAAUAAAAAUUGUUGAUCUUUUUUUUCACACUUCGAUGCGUAGAAUAGUAACAACAUGAAAAAUUAUUUACUAUUGUUUAUUGCUUUUUGUUCUAUGUUACGGGAGUUUGGUUCAAAUCAAACUUUUUUUUAUGAGAGGAUGCAUAAUUUUGGAUUAGGUCAGCGCAUCAUCCCGACUUUCGAUAGUCGUUACGCUUUUCCGGAGCCGAUACCAAUUAAAAAAUCAGUAAUAGAGAAUUUGAAUGCCGCCUAUCAAAAUAUGUAUCAAGGUUUAAGACAAACAAAUGACACGAGAGUUUACAAAAAAAGGUUUGAUUACUCGCCUAAAGAAGUAGGACAGCAUGUCUUCUUUGAAGAGAUAUUUGAUUGCAUAAUCACGCAUUUGGCAAUUGAAACAAUGGAAGGUAUACCAAUAGUGGUGCGCGGAGGUGUCGGUUACCGGUACUUCGUGGUUGUUAUCAAAGCAAAGCCUUGGAAACGGCUUAAUGGAAGCGUCAGAGCGUAUUGUAAAAAAAAAUACGACUUUUCACAAUGAAAUAAAAAGUAACUGGAUAAAAAAGCCAAUUCGCGGCUCAUUUAAAAACACAAUGUUACCGUUGAGACAUGUUAUAAGGUGAUUAAUAAAAUGAAUUCCAAA